AUGGUAGAUAUUGAUUUAUAUCGUUUGGUAAACAAUAAGUAUUGUAUUCUACGUUACAGUAGAACCAUUGCUUUGAAGAUAUCGGCAACCUACCAGCUAUUGGAUUUCGAGUAUCAACCUUUCAUGUCAUUAUUUAGUCAAGCUUUGGAGAUUUUUGAUCGAGCUAUCAUAGGUUGCUACUAUAGAAACAAUGCUAAACUCGUAGAAGGUAUAGCUGGUGCCCUCAAUCAACACAACAAACCAAUAGGAGUGAUAAUAUCUUCAAACCAAUUGCUGAAUCGCUUAAAAGUACCUAUCAUAUCAUUUUCUCUCUUUGAUAUGUCUCAUUUAUUUGAACCACCAAUCGGCACCUACCUUGAACCAGAAGAAGAGGAGGAGAAUUAUUCAAAGAAGGUGCCAAUAGAUAAGAUAUGGAAUGAACGACUUGAAUCAAUAGAGUGUGGAGUUACCCUACCUUUGGAUAUAUCACACAUUCCCAGAGCAUCGACACAAUCAAUUUGUUCGUUUUCAUUGAUUUCGUAUGGUUUCGAAAUACAAGAUUCUAUAAUUAAGUACCUUCAACUCUGCAAUAGACUUUGUAAAGUAAAAUUCUCAAUGGUUAGUGAUUCAGAUAUUCUUUCGAUACUACUGUUUAUCAAUACUAGUCAGACUUUGAAAACAGUAUCAGUAGGUUUCAAUGCUGAGGAUGCAACUUUAUCACCAAUCCUUUUGAACUCAAACAUAACGAAACUAGUUAUUUUUGAUCAUAAGUACAGUCAUACACUGGAAACAUCAAGUAUUCUCACUCAAUACACUCAACAAUUCAAAAGCCAACAACCAAGUGAAAUGAUCAAUCGAUCGUUAAGAAAGUUGGUAAUCAAUGAGAGAAACGAGUUACAGACCGACCUAGAUAAAUACACUAUUAUGUUGAAUCCAACUAAAUACCUAGUUAAUCUACAGCACUUGGAGAUACCAAUGCUCGCUGGUACUCACCAGAAUCAGUGGAUAAAGACACUCGGUAGUUCACAAUUAUCUUUGUUUAGUUUGAAACUUACAGCGCCCAUAACAAUAGAGAAUGCUACUACCGAUCUUUUGUUUAACCAACUCUUCAAUAUCGACAACAACAAUAAUAAUAAGAAUCGACAACGUAGCUUAACAAUCAACGAGACAAUAUGUAGUUCAAUCAGUGAUAUCGAGCACUUUAUGAAACUUUUGCAAUCAAACAAUCACUCUAUCGAUACAAUAUCGAUAGAGGUCAAAGAUGACAUGGAGAAACCAUCGCUGGUCAACAUGCUGUGGCAACAAUCUUCACAAUACAUUCAUAGCAAAACUAAGAAUGUUGAAUUUAUAAACUUAUCAACAACAUAUCAUUUCAGUAAAAUAAAUAGACAUUAA